GGGGCGGCGGCGUGUGUGAGUAGCUGGGAGGGGGCCGCGAGGCGCUGCGUGGAGAGCUCGCCCGGGUUUGUCCGCCGCCGUCACCUGACUCGUCGGAGCAACCACAGCUGAGAAGAGGAGGCGGUAGACGCGGCCGGAGAAGAUGUCGGGCCAAACGCUCACGGAUCGGAUCGCCGCGGCUCAGUACAGCGUGACAGGCUCCGCUGUAGCCAGAGCGGUCUGCAAAGCCACUACUCAUGAAGUGAUGGGCCCCAAGAAAAAGCACCUGGACUAUUUGAUCCAGGCUACCAAUGAGACCAAUGUUAAUAUUCCUCAGAUGGCAGACACGCUCUUUGAGCGGGCAACGAACAGUAGCUGGGUGGUUGUAUUUAAAGCUUUAGUCACUACACAUCAUCUCAUGGUUCAUGGAAAUGAGAGAUUUAUUCAGUAUUUGGCUUCUAGAAAUACCCUCUUCAAUCUCAGCAAUUUUUUGGACAAAAGUGGAUCCCAUGGUUAUGACAUGUCUACCUUCAUAAGGCGCUAUAGUAGAUAUUUGAAUGAAAAGGCCUUCUCUUACAGACAGAUGGCAUUUGAUUUUGCCAGAGUGAAGAAAGGGGCUGAUGGUGUCAUGAGGACAAUGGCUCCUGAGAAGCUGCUGAAGAGCAUGCCCAUACUGCAGGGACAAAUUGAUGCACUGCUGGAAUUUGAUGUGCAUCCAAAUGAACUAACAAAUGGUGUCAUAAAUGCUGCAUUUAUGCUUCUUUUCAAAGACCUUAUCAAACUUUUUGCUUGUUACAACGAUGGAGUGAUUAAUUUACUUGAAAAGUUUUUUGAAAUGAAGAAAGGACAAUGUAAAGAUGCUCUGGAAAUCUACAAGCGAUUUCUAACUAGGAUGACACGCGUGUCUGAAUUUCUAAAAGUUGCAGAGCAAGUUGGCAUUGAUAAAGGUGACAUUCCUGACCUCACUCAGGCUCCCAGCAGUCUUAUGGAGACCCUUGAACAGCAUCUAAAUACAUUAGAAGGAAAGAAACCUGGAAACAAUGAAGGAUCUGGUGCUCCCUCUCCAUUAAGUAAGUCUUCUCCAGCCACAACUGUUACAUCGCCUAAUUCUACACCAGCUAAAACUAUUGACACAUCGCCUCCGGUUGAUUUGUUUGCAACUGCAUCGGCAGCUGUACCAGUCAGCACUUCGAAACCAUCUAGCGAUCUCCUGGACCUCCAGCCAGACUUCUCCCCUGCAGGGGCAGCAGCAGCGGCACCAGCACCAGCACCACCUUCAGGAGGCGCCACUGCAUGGGGAGACCUUUUGGGAGAGGACUCUCUGGCUGCACUUUCCUCUGUUCCCUCCGAAGCGCAGAUCUCAGAUCCGUUUGCACCAGAACCUACUCCUCCUGCUACAACUGCUGAAACUGCAGCUGCUGCAGCCUCUGCCUCAACUACCACAGCUGUCACUGCUGACGUCGAUCUCUUUGGAGAUGCCUUUGCAGCUUCUCCCGGGGAGGCCCCUACAGCAUCCGAAGGGGCCACUGCGCCGGCCCCCCCAACCCCCGUAGCAGCGGCACUUGAUGCUUGUUCAGGAAAUGACCCCUUUGCCCCGUCUGAAGGUAGUGCAGAGGCUGCACCUGAGCUGGACCUCUUUGCAAUGAAGCCACCUGAGACCAGUGUUCCUGUAGUUACCCCUACAGCUAGCACAGCCCCUCCGGUUCCCGCCACUGCUCCUUCUCCUGCUCCCGCCGUCGCAGCUGCCACCGCUGCCACUACCGCUGCCACCACCGCCGCCGCCACCACUGCCACCACUUCCGCCACCACCACCUCCGCUCCUCCUGCUCUAGAUAUCUUUGGUGAUUUGUUUGAGUCUGCUCCUGAAGUCGCCCCCGCGCCUAAGCCAGAGGCUGCUCCUAGCAUAGACCUGUUUGGGACAGAUGCUUUCUCCUCUCCACCACAAGGGGCCUCUCCUGUGCCUGAGAGCUCUCUCACUGCUGACCUCCUAUCCGUGGAUACGUUUGUAGCACCAUCUCCUGCAACCACUGCCUCGCCAGCAAAAGUGGAUUCUUCAGGUGUGAUAGACCUUUUUGGGGAUGCAUUCGGAAGUAGUGCUUCUGAACCCCAACCUGCACCUCAGGCUGCUUCUAGCUCGUCAGCAUCGGCAGACCUACUAGCUGGAUUUGGGGGUUCUUUCAUGGCUCCUUCUCCAUCGCCAGUGACUCCAGCUCAGAAUAACCUGCUACAGCCCAAUUUUGAGGCAGCUUUUGGAACAACGCCUUCAACUUCUAGCAGCAGCUCCUUUGAUCCUUCAGUGUUUGAUGGUCUAGGUGAUCUUCUGAUGCCAACCAUGGCACCAACUGGGCAGCCUGCACCCAUCUCACUGGUAUCACCAAGUCCUGCAAUGGCGGCAAGCAAAGCCCUUGGGAGUGACCUUGACUCAUCUCUUGCCAGCUUAGUUGGCAAUCUUGGAAUUUCUGGUACCACAUCCAAAAAGGGAGAUCUUCAGUGGAAUGCUGGAGAGAAGAAGUUGACUGGGGGAGCCAACUGGCAGCCGAAAGUAGCCCCUGCCACCUGGUCAGCAGGCGUUCCACCCAGCGCACCCUUGCAAGGAGCUGUACCUCCAACCAGUUCAGUUCCUCCUGUUGCCGGGGCCCCAUCUGUCGGACAACCUGGAGCAGGGUUUGGAAUGCCUCCAGCAGGGACAGGCAUGCCCAUGAUGCCUCAGCAGCCUGUCAUGUUUGCACAGCCCAUGAUGAGGCCACCCUUUGGAGUUGCAGCUGUACCUGGCACACAGCUUUCUCCAAGCCCUACACCUGCCUCUCAGAGUCCCAAGAAACCUCCAGCAAAGGACCCAUUAGCGGAUCUUAACAUCAAGGAUUUCUUGUAA